AUGGACGAAUAUUUUGGUGUGAAAGAUUCAUUCAUUCAUGCGGGAACAACUAAUGUUUUAUUACCAAAAGCUUAUCCAUCUAUUGGCGAUCGUAUUUUGGAUUUGGAAGUACGUGAAGAUGACAUUUGGUUGGUUAGUUUACCCAGAACUGGCUCAACAUGGACUCAGGAAAUGGUAUGGUUACUUGGGACAGAUUUAGAUUAUGAAGGUGCAAAAGUAAUUCAAAAUCUACGCACACCCUUGAUAGAAUUAAGCGCAGUUUUAGCUGAAGGAUACGAUGAAUUUAUGGAAAUGUAUGGAGAUUCGGUUGAUUUUGUAAAAAAAUUAGAACCUACCCGUUUUAUAAAAUCACAUUUACCUCUACGACUUUUACCACGUCAAUUAUUAUCAGUUAAACCAAAGAUUGUCUAUGUUGCUCGAAAUCCCAAGGACAUGUGCGUUUCAUAUUACUACUAUUGUAAAUUAAUCCAUAAUUUACAAUCAACAUUUGACGAAUUCUGUGAACUAUUUUUAAAUAAUCAAUUACCAUACUGUCCAAUAUGGGACCAUAUAUUAGGUUUUUGGGAACUACGUAACGAACCAAAUGUGUUAUUCAUUAAAUAUGAGGAUAUGAAAGCUGAUUUAGAUGGACAUAUAUACAAAACAGCGAAAUUUUUGGGUAAAGAAAUCAAUGAAGAACAAGUGGAGAAAUUAAAGGAACAUUUAAAUUUUAAUAGUAUGAAAAAAAAUCGCGCAACAAAUAUUCAACCAUUGUUAGAAAAAAUUCAAGGUGAAGAUUACAUGGACAAAAUUGGAAUUAGUUUUAUACGUAAAGGUACCGUUGGAGAUUAUAAGAAUCAUAUGUCGGAGGAAUUAUCGAGACGAUUUGAUGAAUGGGCUGCAGAGAAUUUAAAAGGGACUGGAUUAUCUUUUGAUUAA